CCUUUUCCUCCCUGAGCAUUGCUGUGUGCCCGGGCUGCAGUUCCAGAAUGGCAUGAGUGCGUCUUUAUUGUUUAUCUGCCAGAACUGCCUUGGUUGGUGUCAGCAGUGGGAUCAGACCAGCCCCCCCCACCCCAGCCCAGCAGCUCCCUCCCCCCUGAGGAUCAGGCCCCAGGGACCCCCCAGCGAUGGCGCUUAUCCGGAUCGCAAGCGUCAUCCUGGCUCUGCUCAGCCUGGCGCUGCUGGUGGAGGCCCUGGUCUCAGACAACUGGGUGAAGGUUAAUGAAGCAGAGGGGAGUCAUCUUGGGCUCUGGAAGAUCUGUGUGCCACAGGUUUGCAUCUUGUAUCCAACCAGAGUACCAGGUUUCUUCCACACCAUCAGGUUUUUCAUGAUCCUGGCCAUGUUCGCCGGGUUUCUCUCCUUCUUCGCUCUCAUCGCCUCCUUCUUUUGCUCCCACUUUCGCUCCGUGUCUCUGAUCCUGGUCUCCACCGUGGGCAGCUUCAGUGCAGGACUCUGUGCCAUGAUUGCGCUGGUCGUGUUCGCCAAUACUGAUUGCCAGCUUGUCAUGCCAGGAAUGCUCUCCUACAGUUGGUCCUACGGCCUGGGCUGGCUGUCCUUCUUCCUGUAUCUUGGAACUGGUGCGGUAACGCUGCUCACCCCGGGAUCCUCCUACAGCCGAGUGUGAGGCCCACACUGCCCCCUAGGGAUGGAGCUGGGAGGGCUGGAUGGAGCUUGCAGCGUCGUGGGGACGAACCUCGAGCAGGGUGUGUGAACUUGUGUGUCUAUCUGUCUGUCCUACUACCCUCUGCUGGAGGGGAUGAGCCCUGCUGUGUGUAUAUGUCACUCUGGGCUCCCACAACCCCCCAUCACAGCGAUUGCCCCCCCUCCAUACAGCCCCCCUGCCCUCCUCUCUUCUUCCCGGGGCCCCCAGCUGAACCCUAUUUCUUCCAUGGAGAUUAAAGGGCCUGUCCUCUAAGCCUUCUGUCUGGGGAUUUCUGGCCCCUCAACAACACCCCCAUCCCUCCCACUCCCCUGGGGUGAGUGUCAAAGACAGGCAGGACGCCUGGGUUCUCUCCCCAGCUCAGGGAAGGGAAUGGGGUCUAGUAGGUAAGAGCAGGGAAGGGGGGGUCAGGACUCCUGGGUUCUAUUCCUAGUGCUGGGAGGAGCGGGGAGACGACCAAUGAGAGCAGGGGCGUCGGUUCUGAUCACAGCAGCUCUGGGAGCUCACGCUCGGUUUCUGGGGGUGUUGGGGCUGCAAUGUUAUAAAACACUCCCUGUCCAAAGUUGCUUCGCCGCUGACCCUGACCAGGCUCCAGCGGGCGGAGGUGUUCAGUCACUGACAUCUGCCGUGUCAGAGACGGAAGGGGUGGGCAGGGGGGUGACUCAAACCGGGGGAGGCCGGGGAAAGAGAUGGGCGGGUAGCCAGGGUAAAUCAGGGACUGAAUAGACGGAGGGUUUUUUCCUUUCUUAGAUGCUAGUUUUUGAAAUGAUGUGGAAAAUAUCCCCCCAAAUUCUGGCGUUUACAUCUAGAUCCAUCUCUAAAAUCAGACACUUUUAGCCUUUUUAAAAUUUCAGUCAUUCCCGAAUUCACCGCAGAGAUUUCACAGGGGUGGAGAAAGGUGACAGGCCGGCAAAAGAAUUAAUAUUGGGAAAUCAAUAACUGCCAGCAGUUGGUAAAUGUGAGCGGGAGCAGAGAUUCCUCUUGAAAAACCCUGCUGUGGAGAGCAGCUUAGAGCUAAGCACGGAAGAUUAGAUUUUUACUGGUAAAUGUCAGUAAAGUUUUAUCUAAUCCUUUCACGCCGCGCUGUAAUCUGCCGAUUUCACUGUUUACACACGAACGGACGAGAAAGUAUUUCCUCAUUGGUAUUAAUCAAAGUUUACAGCCAGGCAAAGGAAGAAAAACGCUGACGAAGAAUUUCUUUGAGUCAAAAUCCAGCGAUCUGGACUUUUGAACUAGGCCUGUUACAAAUGGAACAGGUCUGAUUUGUUGCUUGAUGGCUGUGUCUUUUGUGUAUUUUGCCACGUGAUGUAUGUUGACAAUGGGUGUUGUAAAGAGUUAUAAAACUGUAGCUUCUUGAGCCCCAAGAUUGACUGCCUUCGAAUAAAACCACCGACUAACCGCCCCGCAACGUCACACGACUGCACGGUUAUAGAGAGACAUUUUAAAAAAUGAUUAAAGAAAAACAUUGUAAAUUG